AUGGCAAUGCGAAUUCCCUUUGACGAAUCUUUCUGGCAAGAGUACCUUGCUGGCCAGGAAGCUCAGCUGCCUCCCCUGGCCGACAUUGAAGAUGUCAGUGAUCGCGUCAUGCGUGUCCUAGGAGGAAACCCGGGGGUGAUGCAGUUACAAGGCACAAAUACCUAUCUAGUCGGGACUGGCACAUCGAGGAUCCUAAUAGAUACCGGUGAGGGUCUGCCAUGCUGGAUCGAGAGAAUUGUUAAAAUCCUCGAAGAGCGCGAACUCGAUCUCGCGUAUAUUUUGCUCACCCAUUGGCACGGAGACCAUACGGGCGGCGUACCUAAUCUCAUAGCCCACAAGCCCGUGUUGGCGUCGCGGGUAUACAAAAAUCAACCUGACCGGAACCAAAAUCCCAUCGUGGACGGUCAGAUAUUCCAAGUUGAAGGGGCCACUAUCCGCGCUAUCUUCACGCCAGGACAUGCGGUCGACCAUAUGAGUUUCCUCUUGGAGGAAGAGGCCGCACUGUUUACGGGCGAUAAUGUGCUAGGGCAUGGGUAUUCGGUAGUGCAGGAUCUCUCUGUGUACAUGGAUAGCCUCGCCCGCAUGGAAAAGCUGGGAUGUGCUGCUGGAUAUCCUGCCCAUGGCGCAAAAAUUCAUGAUCUGCCGACGAAGAUGCGAGAAUAUAUCAACCACAACGAGUUCCGCGUUGAACAGGUGUUCACGACAUUGUCAUGGAAUAAUAGGGAUAUUAAAAACACGAAAAAGGCAGGAAGGGUUGGUAUGACAUUACCAGAGAUUGUAAGAUCCAUCUACGGUGAUAUACCCGUGGACCUUGUCGAGAAUGCCAUCAUACCCUUUCUAUCUCAGGUCCUGUGGAAGCUUGCUGAGGACCGGAAAGUCGGAUUUGAACCAGGGGAGCCGAAAAAGAGACGUUGGUUUGGGUUGUUGGAUACGUCUGUCUCCGUUGGACAGACCGGCAACCUAAAACAAGACCACACAUCACAAGCGUAUGUGUAG